AUGUACUCGGUUAUACUGACCGCACUCACUGGCUUGGCCAGCAUUAUCAUAUCAAAUCGAGGUGUGGCCAAAUCGAAAUACGAAAAAUUAAAAUCCAGAAUUUAUGAAAUUGUAAGUUUUUUUUUUAAAAAAAUGUAAAAUUAAUUUUUAAUUUUUUUGAUUUCAAAAAUUGUUUUUUUAGGAUACAAAUAUCCUGAGGAAAAAAAUUAAAUUUAUCCAAAAUUAUUUAUGGCCAGAAGAUUCAGUGGUCCGUGCAAAUGUGUCGAUCUGCCUCAUUUUGAUGGGAUUUAAGAGAAUUGCAAAUAUUUUGAUCCCAUUGUGCAAUAAAUGGAUAGGUAAGUUGCAAGCUUGGAUUUGUCAUCUCUUGGUUACGAAAUUUGUCUUUUUUGUAAAAAAAAGGACUUUUUUGUGAUUGAAAAAAGGUGCUUUUGAGGCUUCGAAAUUUAGUAAAUUUUUUCACCAAAAUGCUAGCUAAUGUUGAGAAAAUGGACACUGAAAAAGCGAAAUUUUGAUUGACUUUUGAUUUUGGUCACGUUAUAACAUGACCAAAAAUAAAUAAUGUUUUGCAUGCUGGCCAAUAGAAAAUUGCUUCCGAAGUCAUUUCUGUAAAAAAUAAUAGGCCCAAUUCGCAUAGAUAUAGUCGAUAGUCCUUUUCUCUCUGUCUAUUCUCCGCAUUUUUGUGGUCUCUAGUCGGUUUUUGCUCUUGCAAAACUCGAGCUAAAAUUGUGUUGAUGUUUAUUCGAGAUAUGGAAUGCUUGAAAAAACUUCAAAUUACGGUGACAUUGAUGACUUUUAAUCUAAUUUUUUUAGUUGACGAUCUGACCGAGAAGAAAAGCUUUUGUUGGGAAUUGAUUGCCUUUGCAUUUCUACUGGCUGUGCUCAGUGGUGGAGGUUGUAAGUUAAAAAUUAUUUUACAGUGGGGGGGGCUGAUCCAGUGGCAAAAAACGUUCCAUUUUGCAUCCGGGAAGCAUCAAAAAUGUGACAAAAUGCUUACCUCUCUAAGUGAAAAAAAACUUCGUUUUGAAGGGCAUGCCUUUUCUUUCCUUCACAAAAAGAGCGGGCUCGCUUUUGAAAUCGGAGUUUUUUCACUUGGAGAGGGAAACAUUUUGCCAUAUUUUUGAUACUUCCAGGAUACAAAAUGGUACGUUUUUUGCCACUGGAUCAGGUCCCCCACUGUAUUUUGCGUUGUGCUAUCUUUUUCGAUUUUUCCAUUCUGCUUCCCUAACUUUACUUCAAAUAUUUUCAGUUAGUUCCGGAGUUCUUCGCUCUCUGAGCAACUCGGCAUGGAAGAAGGUCGAAAAUUACAACCAUCUUCAUAUGGAAGUGGACGUCUACAACCACGUUCUCCGUCUCCCCUACAACUGGCAUGUCAACAAAAAGUCGGCCGAGCUCUGGGAGAUCGUGAACCGCGGCACAAGCUCUGUGGAGAUGCUGAUCCACAUGAUUUUCUUCAGCCUCGGCCCCACUCUCUUCGAUGUUUUCUCGUCACUCCUCCUUUUCUACAAUGUUUUUGACGGAACGCUGACUUUACUCGUCUUCAUCAUUGUUGUGAUUUAUGUCAUCACAACGGGGGUUGUUUGCAAAAUGCAGGACAGACAGCAAAUGUGGAAGGCCAGAGGAGAGGCGUUGAGUUUGAGGGCUGAUGCGUUGAUGAAUUAUGAGACGGUGAAGUACUUUUGUAACGAGCCAAUGGAAGCGGAUCGGUUCAAAGAGGCGACCAUAAAGUAAGCUGUUACAGCGGGGGGCCUGAUCCAGUGGAAAAAACGUACCAUUUUGCAUCCGGGAGGUAUCAAAAAUGUGGCAAAAUGCUUCCUUCUCCAAGUGAAAAAGCUCCGAUUUCAAAGGCGCGCCUAUAUUCUUUCUGUGAGGAAAAAGAACGCGCUCUUUAAAACAAGGCUUUUUCACUUGGAGAGGGAAGCAUUUUGCCGCAUUUUUGAUGCUUCCCGGAUGCUAAAUGGCACGUUUUUUGCCACUGGACCGGGUCCUUCACUGUAUUUUUUUUUGAUUUGUAAUGAAAUUUCGGGACUCACCGAGGAGGAUUGCCAGAUUUGGACUGCAUUUUUAGUGUACUAUUUCGCUUUAGUGCUCUGUUUAAAAACAUUUCUUCCUAUUCCAGAUACCAAGCCCACGAUGAUGAGAACAAAAUUCUCCGUCGCGUCACCGACGGAGUUGAGAACGUCGUCACCGGAUUCGUCUUCAUGUUGGGCUCUCUGUUAGUCGCCUACAAGAUUUCCCGUCCCGGCUCCAACAUGUCGGCCGGCGACUAUAUCCUCUUCACCACGCAUUUCACACAAAUGAUCAGCCCUUUGAGCUACAUUAGCUAUGUGUUUGACAGUGUUUGGGAGUCGUUUUGUCAACUGGGGCCUCUGAUUGAGCUUCUGGAAAUGCCAACCGAGAAUCAAAAAGCCAUCGGCUUCGUGGACAGCGAAAUUGAAGGCUCAAUUAGAGUGGAGAAGGUGUCAUUUGCGUACAAAGAGGCAAAAGUGUUGGAUAAUGUGAGCUUCGAAGUGCCGGAGGGCAAAACUGUGGCGUUGGUGGGACCCUCGGGAAGUGGGAAAUCGACGAUUGUCAGGAUGUUGUAUAGACUGCUGGAACCGACCGAAGGUAAGACAUUUUGAAUUUUUGGAGGAAAAAAUCUAAUUUUUCUUUUGAUUUUUUCGACAAAAAAUUUAGUUGCAUUUCAGUUACAUCUAAGUAAGACUUGCUAAAUUUUCUAAAUUUAUUUAAUAUUUGCCCUAGAACAGAUAUGCAUUGAAAUUUAUUAUAUUAUAACGAUUUAUUCAACGUAUUUUACGUUCAAUUUCUAGGCUCCAUCUCUCUCGCCCACAACGACAUCCGGAAUUUGGACCUCUACAAGAUGAGGAGCAAAAUGGCCACGGUUCCUCAGGAUUGUGUUCUUUUUGAUGACACCAUCAAAUACAACAUUGGAUAUGGCCGUUCCACCGCGACUGAUGAGGAAAUCGAGGAAGCCGCGAAGAAUGCGCAACUAUUGGAUCUGAUUAAUCGAAGUGCCGAGAAAUUUGAAACCAAAGUUGGGGAGAGAGGACUGAAAUUGAGUGGAGGAGAGAAACAGAGAGUCGCCAUUGCGAGAACGUUGCUGAAGAACCCAAAGUAUUUGUUUUUGGAUGAGGUAGGUGUAUACUAUGCUACCUGCAGUGCACGUCAAUCCAAAAUAGAAGAAAAAAUUUCCCGCCCCUUUUUGGUGAUUCGUUCAAAACGAAAUGUAACUAUCCGAUAAAAAGCAUUUCUUACCUUUCUUCUUCCUUUUCGAGAAAAAGUAAUUAUUUCGGGCGAGAAAAAGUGCCGAUAAUUUCGCGACAUUUCGUCUCUCUUUCAAACCAAUGAAAACGACACGAAGUUUCGAAACGGUUCAGGAAAUGCGCUGGAUUGACGUGCAGUGUAAUAUUUAUAAAAAAGAUUCCCGUACAACAAAAACUGUUUAUAACGAAAAAUUUCUUAUAAAAUCAAUUUAGACCAAUAUGAUGAAUCUUAGUUAGCCAACUUUACCUAGUAAAAAUCAGUUUUUUCUUCGAGGCGAGAUCCUGGGAUGUGUUUGUGGAACUUUAAAUACAGUGGGGGAUUUGAUACAGUGGCAAAAAACGUACCAUUUUGCAUUCGGGAAGUAUCAAAAAUGUGGCAAAAUGUUUUCCUCUCCAAAUAAAAAGCUUUGUUGUGUAACCCCAUUGUACAUUGAAUUCUGAGCGCCGCAGUCUUAACACUUCUUCUGUCAUCUCAAAUUUUCAGAAGGGUACAAAUCCACCUUUAAAAAUUUAUUUCAGGCCACUUCCUCGCUCGAUUCCUGCACCGAAAAGCAGAUCCAAUCAGCACUGAUGAACCUGUGUGAGAAUAGAACUUGUGUGAUUGUGGCUCAUCGGCUCUCAACCAUCGCUCAUGCUGAUAACAUCGUUGUUCUGAAGAAUGGCAAAGUUGUUGAACAAGGAAAUCACAAUGAGCUCUUGGCCAAGAACGGCCUGUAUUCGGAGAUGUGGCGGAUACAACAGGAAGGUCAAGGGGCAAAAAUGACGGGUGAAAAUUGA